ACAUUAGUCGUUCGAUGGCCCAAUUCUUAGUCGCGAGGCUUACCCCGUGCGUGUAGCCGCAAAGUGUUACUUGGCGUCGGACGCAUCGACCGAGCUGCAGUCAAAUUCACACUGUUUUAUACGAAUACGUGUAUACGCUGUUUGCAUGCAACGGAUUUGGAAGUAGCAGAGCAGUACAGAAACGUCGAGCAAGUUGGCAGCUCGCAGCUACUCAUAGUAACAAAUCUGUUUAUAAAAAAUAAGUUACGAUGUUGACUAAGCAAUGGAUGGCGGGCAAGCUAUUGAUAAUCUUAUGCUGUGUCGCGGCUUCCGAACAAGAAGUCUUGGCAGGUAUAAAAAAAACUAAAGAUUAUGUUGCUAACAAAAUAACGGGUAUAGCUACUGAUAUAAAUAAUGCAAAAAAUAAUAUCAAUGAUAAGCUCCACGACAUUUCCCCAAAUAUUUUGGGGCCGAUUGCCGACGCUGUUGACCCAGAUUGGCUACUAAACAUGAAUUAUACACUAUGGCUGGAAGACAUGAAUCAAGCUUUAAUGAGAGGAAACACUGAGGCAUGGGUGAUGAUGGUCGGUAAGACGAUUGACGUAGCGCGUGUAACUCAAGAAAUUAAAACGUCCACGACGAGCGCAGCUACAUGUGUGGCAUGUAAGUUUCUUGUGAACUUGGGACGAUUCAUGCUCAAAGCUGGCAAAAGCGAGGAAGACGUUUUAAAAAUGUUAACUAUCAGCUGUGUCAUCCUCAAAAUUCAAACAGAGAGAGUUUGCGCGGGAGUAAUGAAUCUCAUUGCCAUCGAUGUGGUCCAAGCAGUUAAAGAAUCACCGAUGAGGCCAGCACAAAUCUGCAGUUUUUAUUUAAACGACGCGUGUUUGAAUGGCGAAGACGACCGUCACGAAUGGAAGGUUACAUUCCCAUCAAAGGAAAAGUUAACCGAGUAUCCAUCCAGCCCGCCUCUUGAGAAUGUACCGGUGCUCAAGGUCAUACAGAUCUCUGAUACUCAUUAUGAUCCUCACUACCUGGAGGGUGCUAACGUCGACUGCGAUGAGCCACUGUGUUGUCGAGCUGUCGACGGUCAGCCAGCUGACAAAAGUGUCACCGCGGGGAAGUGGGGCGACUACCGCAAAUGCGACACUCCCUUGAUACUCUUUGAGAAUGCUCUCAAACAUAUUGCUGAUACCCACAAGGACGUUGAUUAUAUACUUUGGACUGGUGAUGCUCCACCUCACGAUAUAUGGAACCAAACGAGAGAGGACAAUUUGGCGAACAUGAAAUUUUCGGCACAACUAUUGGCCAAAUACUUUAAAGAUAUCCCAAUUUACCCAUCCAUUGGAAAUCACGAGAGUUGUCCGGUUGAUAGUUUUGGCGCAGAGGGUGCUCCGCCAAGAAAAAACAUGUCUUGGCUCUAUGACGAGUUGGAUAGGGAAUGGAGCCGUUGGUUGCCGUCACACACCUCGGAGACCAUUAGACACGGGGCUUACUACAGUGUUCUAGUGAAACCUGGAUUCCGAAUCCUUUCAGUGAACGGCAACUACUGUAGCAGGAACAAUUUCUGGUUGCUGAAGAACAGUACUGAUCCGGCAGGUGUACUCGCUUGGCUUAUUCGCGAACUCGAUCAAGCCGAAACCAAUGGCGAGAAAGUUCAUAUUAUAGGACACGUACCUCCUGGUGGAAGAGACUGUAUCAAAGUCUGGUCUAGGAAUUACUAUGAUAUUAUUAAUAGGUACGAGGGCACUAUAAUGGCACAAUUCUUCGGCCACACUCAUUACGAUGAAUUUGAAGUAUUCUAUGAUACCAAAAAUCUGAAGCGAGCGGUCAAUGUUGGAUAUAUUUCACCUUCUAUCACUCCGUGGGAGAAUGUCAAUCCAGCAUAUCGUAUUUACUACGUGGAGGGUGACCAUCCGACGACAAACAGAACUAUUGUCGAUCACGAAACGUGGAAAACGAAUCUCGAUGAAGCAAAUCGCAAUGGCGAGCCUGCCUGGUACAAGGCCUACUCAGCCAAAACGGCUUACAAUAUGACAUCGCUUCAUCCAAGCGAGUGGAGCAAUCUCAUUACAAGAAUGCUGAAUGACACGGAUCUUUUUGAGACCUUUCACAGGAACUACUAUAGAAAUUCGCCGGUCAGGCCGACAUGUAACUACGAGUGUCGAAGGCGACUGCUGUGCGAUUUGAGGAGCGGCAGGAGCAACGACCAGAAAAAUCUCUGUUAUAACAUUUGAUUGAAACUGCCAAGCAUUAUCGAUGGGACGUAGGAUAAGUUGUAUAAUUAAGAACUGAUUGUAAAGAGAAAUGAGGAUUUCCAUUCGUACUAAUGAAACGAAGUGAAUCGCACGAGGAUUUUUUAUUGGAUCUCGUUAAUCUAAUAUUAAGAUUUGAAUAAUUCCAUGAAUAAAUAAAGCUCGUGAAGCAAGUAAGAGGAGAAGUGCAAAGAGACCGAAGAGGAGGCUGGCCAAUUAGAGUAGCGCGGCAAAAUUAGCCGCGAAUUAUUCAAAUCCGGAGGCGCGCGAGUCGAGAGUGAGCGAAGAGCGUGAGAGGUCUCUGUGGCGCUCGAUUGCCACAGCCAGCUGAAUUACACGCGCGGCGCUGCCAGCACACCUAUACGUGGGGCUAUGUAAACCCGGGAGUCGACAGCCGACUCGUAUACCUACUUACGUAUACCUAUGCGCGGGCGUUAAACGCGCAGCAAGCAGUGGCAGCUUGAGUUUCAGUCAGACCACGUCUUUCCUUGUUCAAAGUCACAGCUGAAUUUCGCCUCUCUCUCUCUCUCUCUCUCUCUCUCUCUCUCUCUCUCUCUCUCUCUCUCUCUCUCUCUCUCUCUCUCUCUCUCUAUGUACUGUGUAAUCCGCACAGCCAAAUGCUAGCCGCACCAACUCAUCUCUCUCUCUCCCCGCCCUUUAUGCCCCCAGAAAUUUCUCGCCGUGUUCUUCUACUUUAUUAUAAUAAAAAAACACACGGCCGCUAAGACUUUUCAAUUAGAGCUUCCCUCUGAAGCCCUUAAACGUAUCAAGUUGCAUAAUUACUUUGUUAAUAUCUCUUUUCAGCGCAAACACCGAAUGAAAUUUCAGAUCUCUUUGGUAUUUCCAAAGCAAAAUGUUACUUCGUAAUUUGUUUGCGAAGGAUAAAUGCGUUACGCUGCAGAAUAAGUUAAUUAUGUUAGAGCAAAUGAUUAGUUCUACCUUUCUCUUGAAUUGCGAAAUUGAUAAAAUAUUCGUGACGCGUUGUUCGAAAUGAAAACGAGAAUUGGUGGAAUGCAUAACCAAUAGCUUGAUCAUGAUCGUAAUACCAUAGAAAUUCACUUGAGCUGUAUACAAAGUCUUGAAUAAAGUAGAUUUAUUAUAAAAAA